GACAUGCAAUUAAUUAUAUGAGGGAAAAAAAUAAUUUUACUUCGCCGGGUUAUAACUACCAAGUAUCAGGGCUUAAAUCCUCAAAUUACCCGAAAAUGUCGCAAAUAUUCAUCAUAUUUUCCAUCGUUUUAGUUAAUACUAUCACCGCUCAAAAUUUUGACAAUUUCAUGCCGGCCCAUCUGGACGACCAGGAAGGGUUUCGACAAUUGUUUCCUCACAUAAAUGGGAUUAAUGAGCACAGUAAGAUCGUAGGUGGAGAAGAGGUUACACCAAACUCCAUACCAUAUCAAGUUGGCUUAAGUGUUCCGGUGACCGUAGGGGGACGCUACUUCUGUGGCGGAUCGAUCCUGGACGCGCGUAACAUCCUGACCGCGGCCCACUGUAUCGACUAUUUCAGUCCAUCGUCCAACGUAACGGUUUACUUGGGGGCGCACAAUAUGCCACCCAAAGACUCCGAUGACGUGUUGACCUUGUACACGGAUGACGUGGUCGUUUAUCCAGGGUGGCACCGCCCCACGUUACUACACGAUAUCGGAUUGGUGCGUCUCAAGGAACCCGUUGAACUCACUGAUAAGUAUAAUGUUAUUUCGCUUCCGGAAGAUGACUCCCACGACUAUCUGGGAAAUAUUUCUUUGGUCACCGGCUGGGGUAGACCGAUAGAAGACGUCCCCGGCAUAUCACCUGUGUUAAAUCAACUCUACUCCACCAUAAUGAGCAAUUAUGCUUGCAGGCUGGCUUAUUUGGGUUCCAUAGAAGACAGUAACAUCUGUAUGUCUUCUUAUGUAGGCAGAGCCACUUGCAGCGGAGAUUCCGGAGGACCUUUGGUGGUAGACGGCAUCCAAGUGGGAGUGGUGUCUUUUGGUAGCGGCUGGGGAUGCGCCCAAGGAUAUCCGUCAGUAUUCGCACGGGUUACGUACUAUUUGGACUGGAUCAAAGCUAAUAUGGCGGAUGCUACAGCGACAAGUUCUUUUACAACAGCAUCCACUGAAUCCAGUAGAGAUUCGAGUAAAGAAGAUUCUACUGGCUCUUCUGAGGGUAGCGGUGAUGAAGUUUCCUUAUCGGGGGCAGAAAUAUUGACAAGGGAGGAGUAUGAAAAAGCCACCCCGGGACAUUUGGAAACCGAUCCGGACUUCCAGAAGCGAUUCCCGAACAUCCCGGGACCGCACUGGGCCAAACUCGAUCCGAGAAUCGUGGGCGGUGAGGAGGUCAGACGUAAUUCGCGACCCUAUCAAGUGGGCAUGUACAUUCCCGUUGGAUUAGAACGUUCGUUUUGCGGUGCUUCCCUAAUAAAUGCCCGUACGAUCCUCACCGCGGCCCACUGUGUCGAUAAUCGUAACGGAAAUGUAACUUUACAUUUCGGGGCCCACGAAAUGCCCCCCUUGCUCAACGACACGAACGUCGUAACGGUGGAGUCGGAUGACGUGGUGAUUCAUCCGUUGUGGAGCAGAGCCACGAUGAGACACGAUAUCGCUAUCAUCCGCUUAAGACCAGAGAACGCAAUCUCUUUUAACGCGAACAUAACCCCAGUUCUUUUGCCACGUGAUACGACUCAAAGCUACUUGGGCAACACGACCUUGGUGAGCGGCUGGGGACGUCCGUCGGAUGACGUGUGGACAAUUUCGCCCGUUUUAAGGGAGGUGACGUCCACGGUUAUUAGCAACUACGCAUGUCGUUUGGCCUAUACUGGGACAGUCGAGGAGUGUCAUAUUUGCAUUUCGGGGGCGUUGGGGCGCAGCACCUGUCAGGGGGACAGUGGGGGACCGUUGAUGAUCAACGGCGUACAGAUUGGGGUUGUGUCGUUUGGCAGCAGUUGGGGAUGCGCCAUUGGUUGGCCGGCAGCCUUCGCGAGAGUCACGUGCUACUUGGAUUGGAUCGCGCAGAAUCAAGUCAACGUGUAGUUUAGGUCCAAUUAUUAUUAUUAUUUUUUUAAAUUUAAACUCUGUAAAAUAAAAUAGGAAACCGUAAAUAUGUGCAACUAAA